CUUGGCUUCCAAGUCAGCCGCCCAUUAGCAACAUGCCGCCCCUAUUUCCUCAAGCCCCCUCAUCAGCCUCAAAGAUCAACGUUGCCUCAGGUCAACUUCCAUCGUACGUUACUGCCUCGCAGGCUCCUACCAAAAAACCUCCGUGGCGCACUAUCCGUCAACAUGAAUAUGACAAAUACGUGGCGGUCAUUCUGCCCGAUGGGCUUUACCAUCUCAUUUGGGAGAAAGUGAACGCAAGCAUCGGGCCUGUAAAAUAUGCAAAGGUCAUUAUGAAGCUAGAAGAUGUACUCAAUGGAGAAUUCUUCACAGUGUAUGUAAAAACAGGAAACAUCCUGAUGCUUUCAGAAGGUGAAUCAGGUGUUGACAACGUCUUUUCAUUGAAGGAAGGAGUCCUGAGACUGGAGCUAUCGAAAGAUUCAUACGAACGAGCUGGCCUGCAAGGCACCCCGAUACCUUCUGGUGGUAGCAAACAUGUCAAGUUGAGAUACCUCGUAGAGAUCAAUCUACGUCUCCCUUCAAUGUUACACAGCAAAAAGGGCUUCGAGCGGCUUAUCUGGGCUGCAAAGAAUGUUCUAAACCAAAGUCUUAAUUGGCUCUUCCUAGAUCUCAAUAGCAAUAUUGAAGAUGUCUCAGACCAGAACACACAGCCUUUGAGCAACCACCAUCCCACAAUCCACACGUUGACGCCGUUCACACAGUCUCUGACAAACACCUUGACUCCUCGUACAAUGGCUGCAGUAUCUGACGGGAUCUCCCUUCUGUCCGCAGAGGCGCAUGAGUCUUUGUAUGAUAUAUUGGAAUAUGUCGACAUGCUCUCACUGGCUUCACCUCGUGUACAAGCCACGGACCAGACUCACUCUUUUCUCAGCCGAUAUGAGGUGCCUGACCUCUCAGAUGAGGCCGACCCGAACGACCCCCACACGUCAGGACAACCCGUAAGGGUACUUACCUGGUCUGGGUUGAUACCAUCUCGAUGGAUAUUGGAGUUAUUGUGCGCCGUCAUGUAAGUUGGUCGUCUCCAUUUGAGCGCAGGAAAGAAAGUAUCGGGUGCAAUCGACAAUACCCCAGCCCCAUUUUGACGCUUGUCCCUGCUGCGCUCAUUGCUGAGAUGGAUCUGAACAGAAGAUACUCCCGAGCCGAAGGCUUCGAAGCACUACCGAGACGACAACAAUGGUUCGCAAUCAGUGUCUCUUCCCACAAGACGCAAGCAGUCAACCAAGUUGAUGGUUAUACGAUCUUACUCCAGCCGGCCCGCAACGCUGAACAGCCUCGAAUUCUUCAUCCAGAAAGCCAAACAGCAGAGAUGGACCUGGGGGAGGGGAUACAACAACCUCCACGCCAAGAGCAGGGCGACGACGUGAAUAUGACGCAAGCACCGACACUCGACAAACCCCAGCAGACUCGGGAGCCCGCUUCCUUAAGAGCGGGAUUUCAAUGCCAUCUCUGUGCGGAAUACAUUGGCAGUUUGACAUAGCCAAGCAACCCGAGUGUAAUUGAGCAGUUGAAAUUCGUGGAGACAUGAAUAUCAUGAACUAUGGUCUAUUUGAUUUGAGCAUCAACAAUGCGGUCAACCGCACCGGCUGUGUCCCUUAAUGAAUGUGCCAGAUGGAAGCGACACUUUUGGGCUUGUUGUCUACCGCAAGUCGAUACACAUUCCAAGUGUACAGGUUCCUGGUAGGUUUAGUAAGAGAACCUGAAGGCAGGGUGAUCGUCACCCAGAUUAUUGAGCUCGGCCUCUGGGAGAUUGUACCGAUAGUCCCUCAGACCCUUCUCCCGCAGCAUGUUCUCUCGUCUGAGAUACCACAAGAGAAUGCACGAAGCCAGUGCUCCGGCAGAGAGAAGCCCCACGCCCGUUCCGAAACCAACUGGAUAUGUUGGAGCUUGCGACUUGAGAUAUAUGUUGCUCCCGACGAUGCCACCAAUGUUUCCGAU